AUGACCGAUAAGAACAAACUGUUCGACUUCUCGCAGGACGAUCGAUCGGCACAGCAAUCAUCUACUGCCGACCUCCAACAAUCAACGCCUUCUAGCACUAUCCGACUUCUCCAUUCAAAGUCGCCGGUGUCAGGUUCAACUACUCCCACUGCAACUAAAUCACCAUCCCCAAAAAAGACGACGCCUCUUCAAUACAACCAGAUGAUGGCUAUGGUGAACGCUGGCUUCAUCCAUCCAAACCAAAUCCCGGCGCAUCCCACGCCACCUUCAUCAUCAACUUCUAUGCCGACAGCCCAACAAACUUCGUUCAUUCCCCAUCAACAAAUGGUUGCCCACCAACAUGCCGCCUACUACAACACUGAAAUGCAACAGCGACGUCAGCUGGAGGAACAGCUCAUGUUGGCUAAUAGAGAGGUGGCAAGAUUGAAGUAUGAAGUGGUCCGAUUGAAGAAAGAAAAUGCGUUGAAUCGAAGGGAAGCAGAAGCUUACAAGGGGCUCUAUGAUUCGCUCAAAGGAGACCAUACCGUCAUCGAUUCAAACCCCACUCCCCAAAAAGAAAGAGAUCGAGCAAUAUGA